AUGCACUCUUCCUCGCCGCCGCCCACACAACAGUAUGCACCACCCGAUCUGUCUCUUCCAUCGGCCGUCAUUUUUGAUUUUGACGGCACCAUUUUGGAUACGGAAUGGAUCGAGUACGAAUCUUGGCGGGACAUUUACCAAACCGAGGGCGUCGAGUUGCCGAUUCAUGUAUGGGCCCAAUGCGUCGGAUCCGAUUACGAUGCCUGGUCGCCCGAGGCACAUUUGGAAUCGUUGACGAACAAAACCUAUGAUUGGCCUGCAAUACACAAACCUCGCAGUGCAUUUGUACGAAAUCAUCUCGAGACGGCGGGUCCUCGCGCGGGGAUUCGUGCCGCGUUGGAGUACUUUGGCAAACACAGCAUUCCACUCGCGAUAGCAUCCAGUUCCGACCACGCCUGGGUGGAUCCCUGGUUGGAAAAAUUGGGAUUGAUACAGUACUUUUCGCACAUUUGCUGCAGUGAUGACGUGCAAAAUUGCAAACCGGCGCCCGAUUUGUUUUUAAAGGCGGCCCAAUUACUGAACCAAGAUCCGAAAACAUGUUGGGUCAUUGAAGAUUCCAAGAAUGGACUCAUAGGAGGAAUCAAGGCAGGCGCCAAAGUAAUUAUUACCCAUCAUCCCAUUACGGCACAUUUAGACUUUACGGGAGCCUUGUUGGUCGAGGAUUCCAUGGAAAGAGUACUGGAACGGAUAAAAGAACAGCAACCAUCUUCCAAAGAAUGA